UUUCCAGGUAGUCGCAGUCAAGGGCUGCUGCUGACUUUCAUCAGCACUACGUGGUGUUGAUGGACACCCGCGGUGAGGAGACUCUAACAUUUAAUGCUAAGUGUGUUUAGCGAGGGGGGGCUAACUUACACAUCAGAUGCUCCGGCGUUGAAGUCAGGCAGCCAGCCGCUUCGGCCUGGUCACGACCGAGGUUGAGGAUGUCCACCAGCAGCUGCCAUGCAAAGCCAAGCUAAAGGUAGCUAACGUUGUUGGCGUGUGGGCUCCAGUUUUCGUGGCAGUGCUGUGAACAGACGUCAGCUAGCAGUCAACUCACCGUCCAGAUAACACGGUGACCCUCAGUGACUGACAGAUGUGUGACACUGUGGAGAACCAUUUGCCUCUCCUAGUGGAGAUCUGAAUUCUGGGACACUGAGGUAGCUGAGGGGGGGGGUCUCUGAGGAAGAUGCUGGGUUCAGAGCGCGGUGUUGUCGAAGAAUGGCUCUCAGAAUUCAAGUCCCUACCAGAAACCCACAUCCCCAGCUACGCAGGCAGCCUUCAUCUGAAGAAGUCCCUGGUGCCAGCACUCUACAGAGUCAUCCAGGAUCCCAACAAUGAGCUGUUGGAGCCUGUGUGCCACCAACUGUUUGAGUUGUACCGGAGCUCUGAAGACCGCCUCCGACGUUUCACCCUGCAGUUCCUGCCUGAACUAGUGUGGGUAUAUCUGCGGAUCACGGCCAGCAGGGAUCGCCAGAGCAAUGGCUGCAUCGAGGCCCUCCUCCUGGGCAUCUAUAACCUGGAGAUCGUGGACAAAGAUGGCAACAGCAAGCUCCUCUCCUUCACAAUCCCGUCCCUGUCCAAACCAUCGAUAUAUCAUGAGCCUUCUACCCUGGGGUCCAUGGCACUGACAGAGGGGGCUUUGUGUCAACAUGACCUGAUCAGAGUGGUGUACAGUGGCCUCCAUCCUCAGCGAGAGACCUUCACCGCUCAGAACAGGUUCGAGGUGCUGUGUUUCCUCAUGCUCUGCUACAACUCUGCUGUGGUCUACAUGCCCCUCUCCUCCUAUCAGUCAGUUUGCAGAAUGAGCUCACGGUUGUGUGUAUGUGGCUUCCCCCGGCAGCAGCAGAAGCUUUGGAGGGAGCCGUGCAACCGCGUGCUGCUGGACCCCGAGUUCAUGGUGCAGAUGCUGACUGCUGUUUAUCAUGCCAUAUACAAUGGAGAGUGGGAGAUGGGGCGGGAAGCUCUGGAGGACAUUCUGUACAGAGCCCAGCUUGAACUUUACUCCCAGCCUCUUCUGCUGGGGAACGCCAUGAAGAACUCGCUGCCAGACAGUGCCCCCGAUGAGCCACAGGGGCGCAAGGUGCUCCAGGUGGAAGUGACACCUACCAUUAGCCGCAUCUCCAUCUCAGCCAUCACCACUGCCUCCAUACGACGCCACCGCUGGAAGAGAGAGGAUUGUUUUGACUUCUCAACCGAAGCAGAGUUGUGCAUCACCAUCAAUCCUCCUAGCCUCGCCCAACAACAACAACAACACCACCACCACCACCACACUACCUGGAACCCAACAGCCAAAGAGGAGAGAGGAGGGCAGCCUCACAGCCACCACAGCAGCAGCAGCAGCAGCAUCAUUCCCCCCAUCACACUUGAGGAUGCUGAUGGUAUGAGCGGCGGGGAGGAUUCCUUCAACAUAAAUGACCCAGACGAGGGCUUCUCCUCCGGGGCAUCAAACAGCAGCCAGCCCAGCGGCACAAAGACAGGUGGCAGCGUGGGUCCGAGGGGAGGCAGCCUAAACAGCAGCAGCAGCAGCAGCAUCAAGAAAGCCAUCACAGCCCGACUGUCUCGGGAUAAGGAGAGGGAGAGGGAGAAGGAGCGGGAGCGAGAGAGGGAGAGGGGGAGAGAGGCGGAAAAACAGGCCGAGUUGUCGGCAGAUCACCAGGCUGUUGUGAGGAGGCAUCACCAGAGGCAGCAGUCACCUCCAGCCAGCAUCAACUUGGAUGCCAUCCAGCUGAGUCCCAUAAAGAAGCACCUGAGUUUCCCUGUCGGGCCCAUGCUGGUACGGACUGGCAGCACCUCCUCCAGCAAGUCCUUCGACUGCAUGAGUUUCAACCUGAACGGAGGCAGGGAGGACCGGGAGGAGGGGCCAGGUGGCUCAGACAAGGAAGGGGUGCUUCCAGCAGGUGGCUCUCACCGCCACUCCACCAUUAGCCUGCAGGAGGAGCACCUCAUCAGGCCAGAGGAUGCCCAGGACCUCCUGUCCCCUGGAGCUCCUCUCUCCAAGCAGUCCCGCUCCCCGAGCUUCAACAUGCAGAUCAUAUCACAGGUCUAACGUGCAGUACAGGGCAUAGUAGACACACACACACACACACUCAAUACGUAUUCAUAACACACAUCCUCAUGCAGUCUUCUUCUCUGGAACUCUUUACAGCCCUACAGCAACAACUUCUGUCUACCUAUUUGUGUUUGAGUGCGUGUGUGUGUGUAAGUGUGCGAUUGCAAGCACACAUCCUCAGAUCUCAAAGAGUUGUGUCUCCACCCCGUUUAACAUCCAUUCAAACUUUUAUCUCGACCUGUGUUUGUUGCCGGCUGUUACUGAGAAUGCAACCGGUGAGAAGUAGUAAAACACGACUGCUCACUGCUGUAACUACAGUUGAGUGUAAAAGAGUCCAGCAUGUCACUGCAUCCUCCCUUCUGACGAAGCUGAGCAUUCCACACACAGACUCGCCUCAAAAGGUGGAAAUGUCGAGAGAACUUGUAAGGAUGCCAAGCUAGCUGUAAGGGGUAUAUGACAUUUCAGAAUUUUUGUUCCUGACUGAAUCAGUCAAAAAUGAAUCAGCAAUAACACUUACCGUUGCUCAUGUGGAGAAGAGUGGGGAUUAUUUCUCUUUCUCCUCAUUCCUUCCCUUUCAUUCCCGGGCUCACGUGCAAUCGUUCUUGCUGAUUAUCUUCCUUUUUAAUUGCUGUUUUUAAUCAGGCAUAAAUGGUUUUAUGGAUAACAUUUCUUUUAAAAAAAAAAUUAAAUCACAAUCCAAAGAAGGUAGCAAGUUAUUUCUUCACUUUUUGACAAUGGUUUUGCAGAAAUCAGUCAGACCCAAGAGAUUACUGCGAUUUCAGCCCAUGACAUUUAUUUUAUUAUGUUGUAAUCACAUUUGAUCUGUAAAGUCAAACUUUUAAGAUUGUUGUAAAACCAAACUGGAAUGUGGGAAGGGGUUGUCUUGCCCCAAGCUUUUAACUGGACAAAUCUGAAGAAAUCACAACUGUGCAGCUGCAAAAAGAUAUAAUUCGUCUUGUGACUUGAAUUAAGGUCUAAAGCAGAAUCAUGUGUAAAAACUGCAUUAAAACAUUGUAGAUAGUGCAGGUUUGUGUCUAAAGCUGAAGGCAGUUAGAUUGUUAUUAGAUGGUUCAAACCAUUUAAUGGGUCCUCCCAUUUGAAAGCACUUGUUGGUGUGUUUGUCAGUCUGUGUUGAGGCUGUGGCUCAUAUGAGGUGUCGUUGCUGAGCUGGUGAAUUACUGCCCUCUGGAGGCACGUACAAGUCACUGCGCUCCAGAAGUCACCGUGAAGGCUGCCUCGUGUUUUGUGCUCUGAUUGGAUGCUCAUGAAACAUUUUGUUCUACCUCAUUGUGUGUUCACCUGCCACUCAGACACCUGUCUCCCAAUCAGAUGCAGGAUUCAAAGACCCCCAUUAGGUUUGAAACUGGAGGGUUUGAAUAGUUAGAGGGGAUAUAUAGUGGAAACCAGAAUGGUUUCACACUGCAACUGUAAUGAUGACACUGUAAAAUCUGUGUGUUCAUGUGAGGAGUUGUGACUGAAUAUCUCGGCCUUGCAUUUCAGUUCAAUCACAUCAUGAACAAAAUCUAGCUGCAAACCAGGAACACGACCGUUUUCGUCUUCAGGUUAAUUUUCUUUUGUAUAUCAAACAACCACGUUGGAAUUAAUCAGAUAAUUUUAAUUCCCUAGAAAUGUCCUGCUUAUCUUUUUUUAUGUAAUGGUUUUUGAAGUGCAAUUUUUUUUCUUUUUAUCCUCAUGUGCAUGGAGUUGGAUCUCUUCUGCUGUUAAAUGCCUGCAUCUGCACACAGUGCUAGCUAGCCUUCUGUAGUGCUCCCUGCCCAGGCUGAGUGAUUUGAACAUGGUGUGCUUGUCUGCAUGUUUAGUGCCCUGCAAAGCACUGCUGUUUCAGAUGCGUGAAACAGCCAAGCGAGCCAAACCCCAGUCUUGUCCUCGUCUUUGCCAGAUGUGCCAAUACACAUCCUCUCCUUAAGGAAAUUAUUUGUUUUUGCUUGGGUGUCUUAAGUUUAAAAAGAAGUUUGCCUAUUUUUCUUUUUACUAGUCUUAUUUGUUAGUUAAGGGACUUUAAGGGAUGUUUGGACCUGUGGCUCAACGUGCCCUUAGAUGCAGCUUCACCUUCUUCUUUUUUUUUUGCUAUGAAUCCCUCUUUACUCAUCACAAGGCGUGUGUAACAAACACGCUGUAGUUUCACAAUCAUUACUAAGCUUUGCUGUUCACAUGUAAAAGCAGUAUAUUAUGCGUCUGUGUAGAUGUCAGCUGUUGUAAUGCAUUUCCAUGUCUUGCUCAUGUGUGUGUUUUAAAAACGAGAAUGAAUGAUUAAUGUAUAUUUAAAAAAGUCAGUUCAGUCUGCAGUGAAAACCCACCAACACACACACUCACUCACUCAUACUCCUACUGUGCUGGAAUCCGUCACAACUGCUGCUCCCGGUCCCGAGUGUGCACUUUAGCCUUAAACAUUUCAGGCUCUCCGGCCUCACAUGCUCCUCUGCUGGACUGAACUGCUGUAGAAGAAGCAAGAGAGAGGAGCGUGGCUACAGUUCACACUCUCACCUGGUCUGUCUGCCGUCAUCCCUGUGCUGUGGCUCACAACGAGCUGUGUUCCCUUUGCUGUAUUUUGCUGUGAGUUGAGUGGCACCUUUUUGCUGUUUUAAAACUGGUGACGUGUUCAUGUCAUUAAUUAUGAGUGCCCCCUGACCAAGAUUACCAGCAGCCAUGUUGGUACUGUAUGUUGACUUAGAGUAACGGAUAGACAAAUAUCCCUCAGUGUCUGGUGUUAUUUGCAUGUGAUCAGGGCGGGAAAUGAACACCAGCUGGCACAUGUCAAAAUUAUUUGACUGUGGCUGGUGAAUUGAUCUACCAUCCAUUUUGGCUGAUUUCUAAACCUACAAAUGCUCACAAAGGUCCAGUUACAUUUCAAAAAAAAAACUCUACUACAGAUGGUUAAAUUUGUACUUGGUUAGCCACUGUGGCUGGUGGACAAAAUUCAUUUCCGGCCCUGCAUGUGAUAACUGUGGGCUUAGUUUUCAUACAGUAUAAUGCACUUUAAUCCAUCCACCUCUCUCCUCAAGAUAGUUAUUGAAAUGAUAUAUAUAGAUGUGCAGAUGUGUAUACACUCAAUGCAGGGUUUUAGUCUCUUUUAAAGAAGUACUUCUAUGUGAUGUCACAUCCAACACAAUGCUAUUUUUGUUAAGUCUAAGGGUACAGCUAUUUAUUAGUUUUUUCUUUUCAAAGCCAAAAAGUUGCGGGGGUCUGGAAGGUCUCAGGAGUUUAUCAAAAAGCCACAUUUUAAAAAUGGCAGCACCAAAAUUUCUGUUCUUGAGGUCAGAAUUGAUUCUAUGCAACAUUUUUUCCCCUUUUUUCUUUUUUUUCUCUUUUCUUUUUUUUAAGUGUACGGGCUUUCAUUAAUCCUUGUCGGGUGGGAUGGGGCAAAUGCAUUAAAGCUGAUUCCUUAGUCCUCAACAGUGUCCCCAUUUGAUGAUUCUGUUUAUACACUCUGUUGUGGUGCUACAGAGCAAAGGACCUCAUGUGGGUGAAUUAUGAGGACUAUCCCUGUUGUGCAUUUGUCAUCUGACUGCCCCUCACAGGGAGAAAGCCACACCUGGACUGUUGGUGCAUGUCGAGCCCUUCUGUCAGUUUGCUGCUCUGUGGCUCAAAGAGAUUGGUGUAUGAAAUACAGAUUAUCAAUGAUGAAUCUAGUCUCGAUGCUUCAGGGGAAGCUGCUGGAGAUGUGAUAACACUGUACUAUUGAUGUUGUAUAAAUGGAGAGAAAGACUUAUUUUAAAUCUUGUAAAUAAGAAAUGUACAAAAGUGAAAGCAAGAUAAAUAUAAAAAACUGAAGACAAGUCUGAGAUGUAGAGAGAAAUUAAUCUGUAUAUUGUUGAAUAAAUAUUGUGACGUUAAGGGAA